AUGAGCUACGAUCGCGACUUGAUGAAUCUGUUUAGCCUGCACGACCUGGACUACCUCUCGUCCGACAUGCCCGACUUCACCCCAAGUCGCGAGUGCAGCCCUAUCACGUUCGAUGCGCCCAGUCAACCAAAGCACAAGGUCGCCGCGACCCAGAACAGUAUGCUUCUCAAAUUGCCAGACGAUAUCUUCAAAUGUGUCAUGGACUACCUGGAUCGCGACGCUGCGUGGAGUCUGAAGAGGCUCUGCAAAGGCAUGGCAAGCAGUGUGACCGUGAACCAACUGCUGUACAAGUACCCUAUACAACUCAACGAUGUGCGUGACAUCAGGCUGGGCGACUGGAAGUACAGGAGUUUGGGCAGCAUACGGUGGACCAGCUUCAAAGAGAGCAUCAACGACGGAAAUCGCCGACACGUACACAAGCUGGCCAUGUCACACUGGGCAAGUAUAGACGACUUCAAGUGGAUAGAAGAGAAUCUGCCUUGUUUGACAAGCUUGGAUAUCUCCGCUAUCAAGGAUUUCGUCUGGACACCGGAAGAGACGUGGACGUGGAAGAUGAUGGCGGAGGCUUGUCCUGAGCUAUUCGGACGCCUCGAAGAACUCGAGGUCGCCAAUUGGGCUGACUAUACUGCGCACUCUCGAAUUGAGUACAGUUACUCCUACCAGGACUAUCGCUUCAAGCAGAGCUUCAGGAUAUCGAGAAGGCGGGACGGUGGUUCCGUCGCAAACGCCAUUUUCCCAAUAUGCAAGAAACUGAAGACGCUGGCAAUACGGGAGCGGUAUUCGGGGUUUCACACUUGGAACGAGUGGGAAGUCCAUCAGCGCGUUUGCUGCCUGGUGGAUGGCGUACUAAAGUACUGCCCAGAGACCAUGACGAAGCUGAGGGUACACGACUAUGCCCCUUAUCGGUCCCUGUUCUCCACCGAUGCGACAGCUUGGUCGCGUAUCAAAGACGUUGAAAUCGGCCUGUAUUCCUGGAUGGAGGACCGCCGUGACCGCGACGUCAUCGGUCCCAUUCCAUACCGGAUAACUCAAGGACAUCAUCAUCGCGAUGAAGAGGAGGCAUUCGACGACAAGACAUUCGACGCAUGCGGGCGCGACCACAUGGUGCUCGGGAACCAUGUUGUGCAGGGUGUUGGGGCCUCGUUUGAGGACUUGCUCCAGAGCCUCCAGACUAUUUCCAAAAAAUAUCCCAACAUCAACAUACAGCCCAUUCGGAACCUCCAGAACAUUGUACUUCACCCUUUUCAUCUCGUCAAUGUCAUGCAACGGCGACAUCACUUUGGUCAAACCACACAGCAAAACAACGAUCAAGCACUCAGUGACCCCAGCUCCAAGCCUGAGGUACAGGAGGCGCUGAGAUGGCUAGCAGAGAAGUGCGACUGGAAGCCGAUACUUGCUUGGGAAAGCAUGAUGUGCGAUGUCUUCCCUGCGAAUCUUGAGCCCAACCGAACGUUUCUUCCAAAACAUGAUGUGCUUUCACGAAUACAGACCAUGGUAUCAACCUUGCGAAGCCUGAACAUCCCAAUCCGUGUCUCGAUUGGUGACCGCACAAACAUGUGUCCUUCGUCCGGUCUUGAUGGCAGCCUCUAUUUUGGCGACUACAAAACCUUCGUUGGUGAGAACGAGAACAAGCGUGAAGUAUUACUCCCAACCCAAGCCGCCUUCAGUCUUACGCCCAUUGCUUCCAUGGUUGACGAACUUACUAUCCAAUACCCCGCCGAUGUUCCCGGCGUAUCGGGGUGGCUUCGCACUGCGAAGCGACCUACUCCUGCGGAGGUAACUCUCAUGCAACGCGAAAUGGUCGGUUGGAGACGUUUCUGGGCUCGCUAUGCUUCCCAGUUCAAGAACCUGAAGAAGUUGACUGCGAAUGUGCCAGACGACAUCUACGAGGACUGGAGCAAAAGUGAACUUACCAAGCUUCUUGACGAUGAACGAUGGCAAAUGCUCGAGGUGGAAGAGAAAAAGGACCAGGCUUUGUUCGGAAACUACUUCCCGUUCAGCGGCAGUGGUUCAUCGGUCCUGCGGCAAAACCUUUCACGUCGGCGCACGAGGACUAGGUUUGUUCAGCGAGUGUUCUUUAGGCUCGACGGUGAACCACUGGAUCUCGAGUGUCUACCUCUAGGGUUGACAGAGAAGCAGAGGGAGGAGAGGGAGAUUACCGAAGCUGAGAUAGCAGAUAAGGAAGUCUCGCGACAUCGUUUUUGGCGAAAGAGAAAUGACGCCAUCGACGAACGAGGCGAAAAACGGAAGCGAGAAGGUGGUGAGGACGGCGAUGAUAUAGAAGAAACGGAGAAGAGAACGAGGACUAAUCAUGAGACUAACGAACGUCACGAGCGAGCUAUGCGGCUCUAA